AUGAUAAAUCAUUCUUAUAUUCAAUAGCCAACAAUACACAUGAAUGACAUAGCAAUUUAGAAAGAUGAUGAGUUAAUUUAGAAUUCUUUGAAAAACUUACCUAGAUUCAAGAAAAUUGAAAUUAUUGGAGAAAUUUUUGCACUUUUAGUACUAAUUCUAUGUUGGGCUUUUUUUCACUAGUCUGUAUUUUUAAUCUAAUUAUUCCAGUUUGUAUAUUUGAAUGAAAAAGUGCCUACAGAAUUUGAUUAUAAUGGAAAUGCAGUUCGUUAUGCCGAUAAAAACAUUCUUUUUGCGCUUCCAGCAGUAAUGACAAUAUCAUACAUCAUUUUUACUAUCCUAUAAUUUGUUCCACAUCGAUUUAAUUAUGAUUGUGGUAAAUCUUUUUAGUAUCAAAGUUGGUUUAACUGUGUUCAAUGCUUAAGAAAUAUACAGAACAACAAGAAUUACCCUUUUAAGUUGUAAAUUAAUCACAGAAUUUUUAUUUACUUAUAUAACAUUUACUAUGCUACAAGUUGUCUAAUACUAAUGCGAGCCUUAAAGAAUGUAUUAUGCUUUUGUGUUCAUACUCCCCUAUUUAAUUAUAGGGGUAUGUUAUUAUCGAAAAUUAAAGAACAUCAGCACACAGCCAUAAUAAUUAUGA